GCAAUAAAAUACUAGAAAUGCGCAGGGAUUUUAGUGACAAUUCAUUGGUUUUCUUCAAUAUUCAGGUGGGUACGUCAGGGAGUAAAUUCUUGCGAACAUUAUGUGGUGUUGGUAUUGUUAUUGGAAUAGCAAUAUCAUGGGUUGGAUCGACGCAAUUCGCAAAGAGUACAUACACAAGUACAUUUAAUGCGCCGUGGUUCGUCGUUUGGUUUUCCACCAAUUGGAUGACCUUAAGCUUUCCUGUCGUUUCAUUUUGUUAUCGACUUGCGAAUGGCAGCAGUUUCCUCAAUAGCUUUGGCAAGGCUGAAAGUAUCUUUGGUGAACGAGGGUUAUGUCCAUACACGUUAUUAACGCGUUGUUUACCGUUUGCCGUACUCUGGGGAGCUUGUAACUACAUGUAUACCAGAUCGCUUUCAUUCUUAUCUGCAACAGAUGUCACGGCGCUGUUCAGCUCUACGCCAGCCUUCGUCUUUGUUCUUUCACUCCUCCUUCUGAAGGAUGAAAUAUUCUCGUGGCGACGUCUCCUGGCAACGCUGAUCUCUAUAGGAGGAAUAGUAAUUAUCGCCUAUAGUGAUGGUUUUACUGGACCAACAACGACCGGCGUUCUCCUAGGUGUGGGUUCUGCUGUACUGGCUGCGAUGUACAAAGUGACAUUCAAGAUCUUCAUUGGAGAAGGUGAUGUUGGACAAGUCAGUCUAUUCCUAACUUGUCUUGGUUUAAUAAACCUCCUCUGGUUUCUGGCCAAUAUUAGAAGUUAUUUAUUUUACUCACUAUGAACAUAUAAAUUGGCACCAUAUUCCUUGGUCAUAUCUGUGUGGCUCGGCAGCAUUAGCAUUGCUGUUUAAUUUUCUUAUAAACUUCGGGAUAGCAUUCACCUUU